AUGGAUCGCCCUGUAGACAGUGGUGAAUUCAACGAUCGUCGAGCAAACCGACGCGUCGUCAUUAUAUCUUACGUUUUCACUGUCAAAAAUGAUGGUUACAGGUUCAUGGUGAAUAUUUUCGGUCACCGGAAAUUAAGUGUACCUGCCUAAAUAGGUAUAUAAUAUUAGAAGUGCGGUUUCCUCGGCGCCGCACGUAAACAACCAAGCGAAUAUAAUUUCUAAACAAAUAUGUAAACGCGACUAGUACAAUAUUAUUGUUAUUAACACCGAUACGAUGUACUAUAUAUAUAUAUAUAUUAUAAUAAUAUCCGUAGUGUUACUUUCGACUUUUUUGCGAGCACGACUGCGGCGGCGGCGGUGACCGUGAUGAUGGCCAUCGUAUUGUACUUUCUAUAGUUAUUGAUGUAGUUCCGCAAACGCGUGAACGGACAUUUUUUUUUUUUUUCGGACAAACACGCCCACCGAAAGUGUGUUUCGCGAGAAAUACAUAUUAUUAUGGGUACACCUAUAGUAAUAUUUCUCUUUACGUUUGAAACGCUAAAAUAUAUAUUAUAUUCGCAUUUUGCGGAUUAAAUCAAUAUCGGUUGAUUUUUCAGAGAGAAAAAAACCGAUUAAACGCGAGGAAAAUAAUUGUUUGUUUUCCUCCCGCACGUAAACUUUUGUUUGUAUUGAGACUGUCCCGAUGUGCAAUCACACCCAUAUUUACUUUUAAGAAUUAAUGUCAGAUUUUCAAAAAAAAAAUGGUUCAUUAUUAAUUAUUGAUUGAAAUAUUCGACUGACUGUAUGGUCAAGUGAAACUUGGAGUUUAACUUCUGCGUGUAUUUCAGAAAUACUAAUGUAUUUUUGUCCAGGGUAACGACGAAAUUUCGCUGCUCUCACAUUAUUAUAAGUUGGGUAUAAAUUGGCGAUUUUUUUUUUUUUUUGCCCGUAAUCUAAUUAGUGUAUACCUACUGCGUUUGUUUUGGUUAGUUUUGUGUCCAUUACUAAUUUUUCGCGGAAAUAAUCCAUAUUAUUAUCAUGUGUUUAUUAUAUAGUUAAUAUAAUUUUAUGAUUUAUUAAGAAUUAAGAUUAUAAUUGUACAGUUUUAUUCUUAGUCGUAAACAACGUAAACAUUUAUAAUCAUAUAAUCUGCAUAGUUUGCGCAUUUUAUUUCAUUUCCGCAUGGCAUUUCUAAUUUGUUCACUACAUUAAAUAAAGCGAGCAACUCAAAAACUCAAUACAUAGAUAUCGGUAUUUCGUCUAUAAAAACAAUUACACUAUAUCAAGUAAAGGUGACAGCAUAUAGGUGUGAACCGGAUAGGAAUUUUAACCAUUAAUGGUUGAAACAUCGAAUGUCACAGUGCCUUUUUGUAUGAACUAUUUUAAAUUAUUAUAAUACACGAUUCGAUAAAAAACAUUACAAAUUAUAACGUUCCCAGCACAUCCCCAUUCCCGGGAACUCACCCAGAAUUUCCGUGUUCGGGAACAGAAUGACACUUGCCUUAGAAUCGUUUUUUGCUCGCAUGGUAUCUUAUAUCGUUGCCAACUUCUCCCCAUAAACAACGCGUAGCCUAGUACCGGGUCUUGGCUAAGUAUUUCGGAGUCACUAAGUCCCUCUAGUAUCCUUAUUUGCACUUGUGAGUCUGCAAUUAGUACAUAAUAUUUUUAAAUCUUGUUGCAGAAUGAGACCUCAGUAUGUCCCAGGAUCGCUUGACCGCUCUUCGGCUGCUGUCGUACUAUUGGUUGACAAUCAUCAUGCCGCCCAACACUUUGGCUUUUAAUGUGGUCUACAACAAGGAAUCGUCGUCGUCGUCGUCAUCGUCGUCUUCGUCACCAUCAUUUCAAUCGUCCGCCUUCUACCAAAGUACGCAUAACACACCAGCUGAAGUUCGGUAAUCCACGGGUGGAAUCUCACACCGUUACCUUGACUUCAUAAUUCCAAGACCAGAUUUUAGAUUCUGAGUGGAGCAAAGAAGCUUAUGGUUUUACAAAGAUUUUUUUUUUUUUUUUCUGUGGACAAAUUUUCUACUAGAGAACUUGCUCCGAUUUGUAUGUGUUGCACCCUUUCUAAAAGAAAAUUCAUGUGAGGAGGUACUUUAGUGUGAUCGUUUUUCGAUUUUCUAAGGUGUUUUUACAAUAAAUGUGAAAAACCAAGAAAAAAAAAUAGGGAAACCGGGAAAAACGUAGGAAAAAUGGAAAAAUCGGUACAUUAAAAAAAUAUUAUUAAAGACAAUAUAUAACGACUAUUUAAUUAUUUUACCAUAAUAUGGCGUAUAUAUUGUUGACAUCAUUAUCAAUUGAACUCCAUUCAGGAUCGUCUUUUCGUUAGCAACGGUUUAUCGUCGCUAAUAGAUAUACAUUAAAUUACCUAUAACAGUGGCUGCACUCGUCUCCAUUAUCUUAGGACGCCUUUUUCAUUUUAUUUCGUAUACCGGCAUAAAUUAUGUAGCUUAUAUUGUACAUAAUAGUGUACACAUUUGCUAGGUGUUAUUGAAUAGUGUUCAGCAUUUUGAAGCGUAGCUGAUGGCGGUGUAACAACUCUCCCGUGGCGAUGAACAAAAAAAUUAAAGUUUUAUUUAUUCUCUCUUUUUUUUUUUUUUUUUAUUUUUAUAUAGUUAUUAUAUUUAUACUUAUAAGUUAUAACGAUGUUAUACGGGGCGAAUACAUGAAUUUUGCUCGUUCUAUUAAUAUUCACAUAAUUGAAAAUACGAAUAAUUAUUUUAGUUACGUUCCGCGCACUUACCAUAAAAAAAAAUGUGCAAACGCAACGAUAGUAUACGAUCGCCACCAAUUAUACAAGUACUUGACCUAAUCUAACAAGAAUAACUUGGAAUUAAAUUUAAAUCGGAAUUUACCCGUUAACCUAUUUUCUUCUUAACCCUAUCCCCCAAUGGCGUAACUAGGUCUCUCUUACGGGGGGAGGGGGAGGGGCGAAAUAUAUUUUCACCCAUUCUUAUAAUAGAAAAUUCCUUAAAAAUUUAAAAUUUAAAAUUUAAAAAAUAUAACAAUGCACACAUAUUAUCAUAUAUAAUUAUACGGCCCACGGGGGGGGGCGAAUGCCCACAUCGUCUCCCUCACAGUUACAGCACUGCUCUCCCCCCCGUACAUGUUUACUGCUCAUAUAUGUAAACCGAUCAGGUUAGGUUGGAUGAGGUUUUUACUAAUAUAAUAAUUAUAAUGUCAAUCGUUUUGUAGGCAGUAGGAAAUUUGGCGGUUAUCGGAUCGUGCCUCGUGCGUGUAAAGACGCGACGGUAGACAGUUCGUUCAAAAGCGACGUGUCGGCCAGCAGUGGCGUAGAUGUCGGCAGUGGCGUGUGCAUGUUUAAUUACGAAUGCACUCAGUUGGGUGGCGCGGUGGUCGGCUCUUGCGUGGACGUUUUCUUGUUUGGCGCCUGCUGUAGGCUACCCGCGGGAGUCAAGGUUCCCACGGUCACGCAGAGUCCUAGCGUCGGUCCGACGACGGCCCAUGCCUUGACGUCCGGCCACCAUAAUCACCGGCCCGACCCGCAUUAUAACGAAAUGCCGUCGUUCCAACAGCCGGUGGCCGACACCAUAUUGUUGCACCGUAACGGGUCGGUCGUGCAGAACACGUAUAGCCCGGAUGACAUGACCGCCGACCUACUGGCCAACCUGACAGCCACUGCUGCAUUGAUGCACGCCAACCAUCGGCCGCCCAUGGUAGACAUGACCGACGUCGUGAUGCAACAGUAUACGACUUCGUCAGCGACGGACUACGGAAACCACCACCGUCGGCCGCCGCCGUUUGCCAACAACAAAAUCACAUCCAAAGUGGAUUACGGCGACAGCGGCGGCGGCUGGUCGUCCACCGUCAAGCAAACGUCUUCGUCGUCGUCUCCGGUAUCCAAGUCGACGGACUCGGUACCGAACAUCCGGAAGACGACGCCGUCGGUCGCGGCCGUCCAGGCGACCACGACCAAACAGGGGAACGGUGCGCACCAUAAUAAUCACCAGCACGAAGAAGAUGACGACGACUACUACAACGAUGGCAUGGUGCUAAUACCCACGUUGACGGUUAACGACCCAAACGUCAAAACGCCCGUCGAAAAUAACUCCAUACACCAUAUACUAUCCAUACUAAAUCACACGCCGCCCACGUCUGCGUCUGGGGAUAACGACCACGACGAUGACCCGAUGGAUUCGUCAUCGUCGUAUUUGAACCAGCUGACGAGCAGUGCGGCGCCGCCGGCCCUGUACACGUGGGGCUCGAUUGAGGGCGACUCCAAGUCUCCCGGUUACGGGUCUUCGUCAUUCCCGGCCACCAGGCCGCAGUCACCCGUUCACCAUUCGUCACCUUAUUAUCCGCAAACGCAACACUACGAAAGACCGGCCACGACAAACUACUACGGGUCGACCACUCCGGCAACGUCCACGCAUCACCUGCCAGGACCACACUUUCACGUAAUGUCUACCACCGCAAAACCAGCAACCGCAGACCCAGUCAUCCCAACGGUCAUAGUGCUCAGCCCAGCCAACGAUAUGAAAAACCCCAAUAAAUAUUCGUCAGCGUCGACUACGACGCCCGCAUCGUCGUACUUGCCUUCGUCACAUAGGCCGCCGCCGUCGCACGUCAAACCGUCCCAGAGCAUCAUCGUCACGGGAAAACCAUCGGUAAGCGCCGCGUACACGACCACGGCCUCUUACAAUCAAAACCUACAACAGCAACAACAGCAGCAGCAACAACAACAACAACAACAACAACAACAACAACAACAACAACAACAGCAACACCAGAAUUUGGCUUUUGUCCCGGUCAGCUCGACGACGUUGGCCGACCACUACUACAACGCUAAUAACAAUAAUUACCAUCACACGUCAACCAAGCCGUUGCAGCCGUCAUCAACCAAACCAUCGUCGUCGUCCGUCUACGGCCACCGGCCGCCGUCAACGACAACGACGGCGGUUCCCCCACCGACCCUCAGCAGUACUGUCUAUCACGACAACAACAACGUGUUCACCACGGUUAUCGCGUCGGUGAACCAUCAUAAUGGCCAGUACCACAACAAGUACCAGCCGACGACGGUGGCGACCACCGCCCCCGCCUCCGCUGGUACUUACACGACGGCUAAACCGGUGUUGAGCCAUCACGCGGACACUGCAUCGGUGGCCCUAUUGUCAUCCACGCAAUCCACGGGCAGUUACAACAGCAGGCCUCACGUGACCAUCUCCACGACCACGACCGCGGCCGACGACGAUUAUCCGUCACCACCGGUCGUCACGCCGGCUUCGCAAGUGUUCAACACAGCGUCUGACGUCCACCAUCAUUACCACCUGCAACAGCAUACGUCGUCGUAUCCGGCCGGCGUAGCAAACGACGAGUCCGCCACCCCGUUCAAUUCCACGGACACGUUCGCUUUUCCGCCGGUCCGCGACCCUUACGUCAAUUUGACUGCUGCCGCCGCCACGCAACAGGAGAAACCUGACGUGACCGUCGUGGAGGCGGGAGAUUACGACGUGGACACGGACGCCGACCCGCAGCUGGCGGCCGACGACAAUUUGGAUGACAAGGUGCAUUUGUUUGUCGAGAAGGUCGUUCAAUCACUGCAGGGCAAUUUCGAGGACUUAGAGAGAGUCCUGUUGUCUGGAGACUCGUCGUCGUCAUCCAACAUAACGAUCGGCAUGGACGACCCGCAAGGUUAUUAUCCGCCCAACAAAAAGCCGAUAACAACGUCCACCACAACUAAAAAACCUUUCAGGCCACUCAGGCCCACGAAACCGCCGCCAGUAAAGGUCACCACCAGCACAUACAGGCCGACGCCGAUCACGCUGCCGUUGGAUGCCGCCCCGUAUUUGGAACUGACCUCCACGACGCGUCCCACAAAGAUACCGACAUUGCUCACGCCCGUGCAAUUGUUCCAGCCCACCAGCACGUACGCCGGGGCAGGCGCGGAUAACAACAAGCGACCCACCAAACCACCCAUCAAAGUUACUUCGACCACCACCAUCGUGUUAGACACGUUAAACGUCGAACACGACCACACCACCGCCGAACCUGACUACAGGAAAGGUAUGUAUACAGUCGAAUUUAUCGUCCGGAUCAUUUUUAGAUUAGUUUUUUUUUCCUCGGAUGACAUUUUCUCCAAAAUUGCAAAAAUACUCCGAAACUUCCAAACCGUAAAAAUGUAGCAGGCGCGCAAACAGAAAACAAUUUCAUUGAGGGGGAUUUAUAAGUAAGAGUAAGAUAAAUUGUACAUUUAGAAUUGUACAACUAAUAUACUGGUAUUAUAAUACUAGAAAAAAAUAAUUUUUAAACUUAUUGCCGGGGGGAGGGGACGAACCCUUAACUUCCCCUGUAUACUUAUCUGAUACCUAAAGGAUGCGGAUUUUCCGGAUUGUGGUGCUCAAUGUGAAAUAUUUUUCAAGAGACCCAACAAUUUUUUGGAUAAAUAUUAACAACUAAUGACAAUAUUAUAAAUCAGUUUAUAACAAAUAAUCAAUAAAACACACAUGAUAUGACAUUUUAAAUCUAGGCGGAUUAGUUGAAUAAAGACAAAUAUUCUAAUAGUCACACUUUGUUUUUUGUUUAUUUCUAAAUUUUCACAGUCACAGAAAAACGACUUGACUAGUAGUUAUAUAUAACCUGACUGAUCCUAAAUAGUUGGGGAUGAAAGCGUAAGAAAAUAAGAUAUCUAACCUACACCUAUGACGUGUUUUUUUUUUGGUAAUGAUCUUCCUACCUAUUAGUCAAACUUACCCAUGGUGCGAAGUAUGUCCGGUUUCUUUGUUUCUAAUUACUUUUUCGAGCGCGUUUGAACAUUUUUAAAGGGUGAAUAUUUUAUUGGGCGUAAAUAAUUUACGGCCAAGUCGUUGUUUCUAGACGAUUGUCACAUAUUGUAGACCUAUGAACACGAUGACGUGUACCUUAUAACAAUCGUCGUUGAGUAUACGAACCGGACACGGAAUUUCGUGUCACAAGUGAUAGUAUAUCGGGUGUACACAAAGAUUCGGCAUGCCCACGUAGAAAACGAUAAUAAGGAGAGUGUGUAGUUUUUUUUAUUUUGUCGGCCGCUCCUGCGAUCCGUAGUAUUAUCAAUAUUAUUAUUGUGGUGUCCCAUUUUUACCUGUUCGGUAAUAAUAUAGUUUCUGAUGGUGCAUUAGAUACCUACAUAAAAAAUAAAAAUAAAAAAAACUGCACCCGUUCAGGAUUUUAACGGCGGUUGUAGAUUAAUUUUUACGUUUCGACCGCCUUGGCAAUAAGAGUUUUUACGACCAGUAAGGUGGGAACAGACUACUGUCACGUCACGUCAUCUACUGCAGUGCUCUCACGUUGUUGCUUUAUCAUGUCACAGUAUAUUUUAGUCAAUUAUCUACCAUGCACACAAGGCAGCUUACAUAUUAUAUUUUGUUAGAUUACUGUUGAGUGUUGUGUUUGUUUGGAAAAUGCAGGACAGUUCAAUUAUAGUUCGUCAAAUAGAGAAGAGAAAUUAAAAAUUGUAUUUGCUUUUGUAUAGAUCUCCACGAAUAAAAUUAGAAAUUAACAGGAGCGCGCGGAGCAUGGGUACACGAAAUAAAUAAAAACAAUUAACAAUAUCGGGUCAUAGACUAUGUAGUUCAGGAAUUAAGAAAUAUUAGUUCAGAAUGACAUUUAAUGAAAUUGAUUUUUCAUUUACCUAUACAUAACUGAUGAAUUCAUAACUUCGAUUCACUUCGAAAAGUGUAUAAACUUUCAGAAAUAAAAACAGUGUUGUCACAUGUGAAGUGGUUGAUGAUGUGAGGUGAUAAGUGUGACGCGGCUUCAGUAUAGUUUUGAUAAAUUUAUAGUGUUUUCCACGUGAUAAUACUCGUGUACACUCAGAACCAUGUUAAGUCAUUUAUUACUCAAGAGCAUCAAAUUUUAAGCAACCCCUUUUAAAUUACAGGAACGAUAGGGGCGAAUGCCUUUUCUGGAUUUAUGUUUAUGUAGCUAUUUAUUAUUUUAAUAUAUCGAUUUCAUUAUACAGGUAUGAUAUUAUAAUGAAAAAAAAAAAGAAGUAUAAAAUUGUAUUUUAACCUAUCCUUUCAACGAAAAUUACAAAAAUUAAAUUGUUUUAACGAUCUCUAAUAAAAACUUCACUAGUUAUCGGAAUACAAUGGUUCGAAAAUAUUUUAUUUAUUUUAAUAAUGCAAUCAACAAGAACGUAAUUUUCAGUAGAUAAGGAUUAAUUGAACAUAGAAAAAAAUUUGAUAUACUUAAUCACAUACGAAUCCAAUUAUGUUAUAAAUCUAAUAAUUUUAUUUUACAUUUAUUUAUUUGAUGUGUUUUACUUAAUUAUAAACAUGAAUAUCAAAAAGAAAAGAAACAUAAUUAUUAUUAUUUAUGUAUACUUUGGUUUUUUUAAAAAAAAUUAAAAAUCAUACAUUGGUGACCAAAAUAGUGUAAUAGCCGAAAACGGUUAUUAUAGAAUGGUCGAAAAGUAACACUAGCCGAACAGAGAAAGGUUCAUUUUGGCCGAAAACGGUUCCGCCCGUUCGAUGCUCAUGAACCAGAUACUUUCUAUAAUAAUAACAUAAAAAACAAAUUUGAAAUUCGAGUGUGAGCCACCACACCUCAUUUAAAAUUCAGAUGUUUGGAUUUCUGUGUGCCGUAGAUUUUAUUUAACCUCAAUAUUUUCGUCGGUUUUCCAAAUAUCUUAUUAAAAAGACGUCCUAAGAUCAUGAAGACGGGUGCAGACACUAUUAUAGAUAAUUUAAUAUAUACUUGUAAGCAACUAUAAACCAUUUCUUACAAAAAAACGAUUCUGAGCGGAGUUCAGUUGAUAGUGUUGCUUUGUCAACAAUAUAUAUGUCAUAUUAUAGUAAAAUAAUUAAUUAAGCUCUAUAUAUUUUCUUUAAUAAUAUUUGAUAUAUAUAAUAAUAAUAUUUUUUUAAUAAUGUUGUACGAUUUCCCCGGUUUUCCUACAUUUUUCCCGGUUUUUUCAUGUUUUUUCCCAGUUUUUCACAUUUCCUGAGAAAACUCCGCAGAAAAUCGAAAAACGAUUUCUUUAAAGUACCUCCCCAGUGAAAUUUUCUUCUAGAAAAAUUACUAUCAUUAACAGUUGAGCAAAAUUGCUGGCAGAAAAGUUGUUCACAUUAAUAAUGUAAUAUUAUACAAAUACAUUUCGUACAUUUUCCCGUUUUUUUUUUUUUUUUGGUUUUUCGAAUUUGAUGAAAUAACUCUUGAGAAAAUCUAAAAAUUACCUCUUUAUGGUACCUCUUCACACCAAUUUACUUUCAGAAAGAGUGCUACACGUGAAUAUCGGAGUAAGUUCUUUGUUGUCCACAGAAAAAAAAAAUAAACAUCUUUUUUAAAACCAUAAGAUUCUUUGCUCCAUUCAGAAUUUAAAAUUACAAAUAAUUAUUUCUCCCAAACAUCCAGAUAACCCACGAAGUAAAAAAUUUCAAAUUUUUUUCUCCCAAACAUUUUUUUUUAUAGAAAUCUGAUGUAAAUAGGGUUUAAAAAUCUCUCGCCAUCUAAACAAAACUGAAUUUUCCCAAUGUUAUUAUUAAAACUAGGAUGUUGAUAAGCCAAAAUGUACCGAAAAUGACCAAAAAAUGACAAACAAAUAUGAAAUAUUAAAAUAAAUAAAUAAUUCAAAAUUUAACAAAUUAGAUUGUAGGUAUUCAAUUUACAAAAAAUUUAAAUAAAAAAAAAUGUAAAUUGCUUCGUUAUCCCUUAUCUGGCAUGAAUCCGAUUUUUUUUUUAAGUAGGAUAGGUGAGCGAAUUCAGGCUAUACAUUUAAUCAAAACAAAAAAUUUAAUACAAAUUGUCAAUAUUAUAAUUACAGUUCCUAUAUUUCUAUUAUAUAAUAUUAAAAUUACAAAAAAUUUCGUAAAAAUAUUUAAAAAAAAAAAAAAAAAUAGUUACAUUUAUAACUAAAAAUAACCAAAAAUGCAAAAUUAAAUGUCCGAGUACAUUGUAUUUUUAAUCUAUGAAGCAUGAAGCGAAUUUUUAGCUAUGGUAACAUUGUAUAAGAAUAAAAGGAUCAUUUCAUGUUUUCCUUAAAAAAAUGUUUACACAUUUUUCGCAUUGUUGGAAAGUAAAGUUAUUAAGUAAUAGGUACUUCAACCUUCAACGUACAUUUUAGUGACAACGACUAAAGCGUCAUUUCCCCCCCUCCUUCACCCCCGGACUUUGAAGACUUAAACUAAAGGAGACGGGUAAUUUUACCCAUCCCACUUUGACCAGCGUUUAUUGUAAUAAAUUGCGACGCGCACGUCACGCGUUUAUACCCGUAUAAUACAAUGUUACACAAAGAAGUUUUAUAAGUCGAACGAUAACCUUAAAAUAUACCGUCGGUGACGCGUACGGCUAUUAUACUUACAGAUUAUUAUUAUUAUUAUUAUUAUUGUCGUAACGUAACAGCGGAAAAUAUCACGUUUUGUGUUGCCAGACAAUAUUUUAUUAUCAUUAUUGUUAAAUUUUUCAGAAAUAUAUCGGCCGGAAAACGGUCCAAACACAUAACACUCCACAAGUAGGUAUCUAAUACCUGUAAUACCACAUACGCAUACAUAGACGAUCAACAUAAUAAUAUUACCUGUAUAAUAUUAUCGUUUGUUAAUCGAUUAUUUGGCACCAUAUUACGAAUAUUUUUUCAGUAGUACGAGUAUAUAAUAUUACGGUCGGUAGAGUGACUGGUGGUUUUUUUUUUCUAUCCAUUUUCGCCUCCUUCGUCCGGAACGACGAAUAUUGUAAUGUAAUCCGCGCGCGCCCGACGUUAUUGAUAUCCACCUGCAGCAUAACCUGUCUAUAAAGAGGUACCUACCUAUCCCGAAAUCGAAUUGAGUUUCAUACACAACCUACGAAUUUGCAAACUCUUCGUAAAACGGAAACCACUGCCGCGUGCGCAAACGUAUACGCUUGGAAAUUUUGGUCUUCGGUGUAUCACACGACUGCGCAGGCUGCAAGACUGCGCUAUUACUUUCAUUGUUAUCAAAACGAUUGGAACUUAAAACCGUUAAAAACCGUUCGAAUGUGAGCACUUGAAAAAGUUAUAAGACGCUUGUGGAAUACACAUUAUGAGGGGGCGGGGGGGAUAUGGUGAAUGUUAUGCGUUAUCAAAAGUUUAUAAAUGGAUGUGUUACAAAUUGUCAACAUAAAUUAUAAAACGCUCUACCCAUAUCAAAUCAUAAAUGUUAACACACCUUCCUGUUUAUAUUAAUUAAUAAAAUUGAUAAUUGAUAAUUAUUAUCUAUAAAAUCGAUGUAACAAAUAGAUGUUUAAAAUUUAACUUCGGUACGUUCAAAAAAUAUUAAUUGUUUAAAUAGAUUUUUUACUUAUGUAACGUUAAUUAUUAUUUAUUUUAGCAUCCUGCAGGUACCACAGAUUUGUGUCGAAAUUUAAUUCAACAUAAUAAUAAGAUAACUAUUACUUCUAUACAUAUCAUUAUAUGUAUAAAAGUAUAGUUUAAGUAUAGUAGUACACAUUAUGUAUUUCCAAAACAAAGUCUCGAGUCCUAACUAUUACAAAUUCUCUUCUUCUUCUUGAAUAAUCGGCUGCUAGGACCAUCUCGUUAUAUAAACUUGUAUCCAGUUUUUCUUACUUGAUGCCAAUUUUUUUCUGUCUAAACCUAACCUAAGGUUUCAACAUCUUUCCUCGCUAUAUUCUUAUUUUGUUCUUAUCCUGAUCAGUAUAAUCGAUUUUUGGAAAAGUGUUUAUUAUCACCUAAUUAUUAUUCCUUAUUCUCCGCAUAGCGUAAUUUCCACGGGUCCAAAAAUUGUUUGUAUAAUUUUUCUUAACAAAAUAAUGAAGAGUUUUCUUUUGUUACUUUUUCUUAAUAGUAAUGUCUCUACACCAUAGGAUUAUUAUAAUUACACAUAAUUAUAUUAUAUUUACAGUAUGUGGUGUGAGGCCGUUAGUGAGGAAAAACGGUCGAAUUGUUGGUGGGACCGGUUCGACUUUCGGCGAAUGGCCGUGGCAAGUAUUGGUGAGGGAAGCCACUUGGUUGGGGCUGUUCACCAAAAACAAAUGUGGGGGUGUAUUGAUCACUCAACGACACGUCAUCACCGCCGCCCAUUGUCAGCCCGGGUAAAUAUUUUCAUCAUAUUAUACACAAAUUUAAAAAUUACACUACUUGCCUGUCAUCAAAAACUUAUUAUCGAAUAUUAUUAUUUAUAUCAAUAUGUUAUAUAAUAUAUUUGUAUUUAUAUUAUUAAUAUAACAUUAUUCUGUAACGUUUGUAUGAUGAAUCACGUUUUUCUUUUUAGUGUCAAGCCGAUGUGACUUUUUACCGAUAUUAUAAAACCAAUAACCGAUAUCUACAGAUAUUUGAACCGUUAGUUGAUAUUGAAAUUAACCAUUAGAUCAGCUGAAAAGGGUCGAAAUUACGGUUGAAGUAAUGGGAACGUUUUUUAGAUUAUGAGCGUAGCGAGGGAGCUAAUAGUUUUACUAAGAUGUUUAUUUCUUUUUUUUCUUUCUUCUAGUUUCUGGACACGGUUUUUCCUAGUAAACUUGCUCAGAUAUUUACGCAUAGAAACUUUUCUGAAAGCUCAAGUUGUCUAAACUGUCAUUUUUUGAUUUUCGACGCCAUUUUUUAAAUAAAAACACUUAAGUGAGAAAAAUGUAGGAAAAAGUAUGAUUUCAUGAUUACAAUAUUUUAUAAAAUCACGUACGAUGUUUUCUACCAGAAAAUAUGAUUUAAUCGAUAAAUCAAAAGACAACUUUUUUUGUUGCCUUUUUAAUUUACUUUCUUAUCAUCGCCAAAAUUUUGAGCCGUUUUUGAGCUUUUAAGGAAUUUUAAUUUUUGAUAGUUUAUUUGCUGUAAUUCGGUCUUAAAUACACGUACAGACUUGAAACUUGGUAAUAAUGCUUGUAUUGGACUUAAGUAGACGUGGUCAAAUUUUCAAAAUCUCCGACGAAAAUUUAAACGAAAAUCGCAAAAAAAAUGUCAGCACUUAAAAUUAUGUAUUACCGCACUGUGCUCGGAAUCGUUUUUCAUCAGCAAUGAUUUAUCGUUGCUUACAGACAUAAAUGAAAUUACCUUAUGUAUUCUACCUUCUCAACUUCUCACCUACAACAGUGUCCGAUUUUAUCCCCAGAAUCAGCUCUUUUGUUUUUUAAAUUUCAACAAAAUUAUGUAGAUGGGUUUUCUCCGACAAUAUCAGGUCAAAUAUAGAUUUUUUAAAAAAAAGCCUUUCGAUACAUGAAUUCCAAUGAUAUUCCGCGAUAUUCUCAAUAACGAUUCAUAAACAAUAUACGUGGUAUAUACUUCCCAUACGAUUACAUAAUAAUAAAAUCGAAAAGUGUAAAAACUUAUUGAAUUUGAGCUAAGAUGAUGUGGUGUCACUGGUAACUGUAGGUAUGUACUGACACUGUUUUACAAACAUAAACCUACGACAUAGCAAAUCUGCAUUAAGCCCCCGCACUACCCCAUGUGCUGUUAGUUUUAAUAUUAGAGUAAAUAGAUUUUCUAUCAAACUUGAAGAUAAGAUUAUAUUAAGAACGUGGUCUAUGAAACUGUGUUUUUUUUUUUUAAUAUUUAAAUUUUUUUAAAUUUUGAUAUUUCGCGUAUUCAUAUAUAUCUCGCUAAAAAAAUUGAAAUAUCGAAAAAACCGAUGCCGCAGUUGACGGAGGUGAUACUUUUCACAUUACUGUCCCUUGUGAAUAUCAUUUAUUGGUAAAAUAUAAAUUUAACACAGUUUAAAAUACAAUUUAUUGGAGGUUCGCCAUUUUUGGCUUCUCCAAAUUUACUGUCCUAUACGUUUGUAUGAUGCAGACAGCACUUGUGGAUAUCAGUGUACCAUACUUCCGUUCAGUAUAAUAAUGUAACAGUGUGAUCAAUAUAUUUUUUUUCUUCAAUACAAUCCUCAUCACUACAGUAUAUCAGUAAUUAUACUUUGUUUUUGGGCCAUAAAAAAUUCGAAAUAUCAGCUUAAUAACAGUAAAAUUAAUAAUUAAUAAACUAACAACUAUUUUUCCAAAAUAUUUUUAUAAUUACUUAAAUUAUGUUAACACUUUCACCAUAGAUUGUAUAUUAUAGACAAAUUAAAUUCCGUGGUCCUAAAAUAUAAAAUUGCAAAAAUGUUAUUAUUUUUUCACUAAUUAUUAUUGACUGAAAAAAACUGUUCCGCAUUCGUGAUAUUACGAAGUAUCAUAAUCGUAAAGAAAAUUGUUCAAUUUACAGGUUGUGGGUUUAUGAAAAUGUAUUGUUUCAAAGAGAGAUUACGUAAUUAUACAAAUCGCUAAAUGGAGAAAGUUCAGUUUUAAAAAUAUUCAAAAAAGACAAAAAUACUUAAUAUGGAUGAAAAAAAUUGACAAACAAAUUUCACGUUAUAACUAGUGGAAUCGUAUUAGAUAUUAUAUAUACAUUUCUAAAGGCAAUGUUACGAUAUAUUAUAAAACUCUAGUAGCUCAAGGAGUAUUUUAUCUUUCUCGACAAAUUUUAAAAUUUGAACAUGGGCACUUUUUGCAUAUAUGUAUUCAUAUAGAAUGCUGGUAAUUUUUCAUCCUUCGUACAGGAAACUAUUGUACCAGUAAAAUUUCGUGUAAUUUUCAUCUUUGGAUGAAUAUUCGAAUGUUAUUGGAAUUAUCAGUAAAGUUCGAGAAUUUUCCAUCAAUUCGUUUGCGAGUGUAUAUUAAUUUUAUGAAAGUACGAUAAUUUGAUUAGUGGGGAAUUUUUUUUUUUAAAUGUAACGUACACAACUAUAUUAUUACGACUAACAUACUUUUAUACGUCGGAUGUAAUUAUUUCCACUUUGCUUGUAAAAAUUGCCAUCAGCUCAACCGCUUUGAAAGCUAAAUCGAACUGGGUCAUUGCCGAGAGGCUCUUUGCGAAAAAAGGUCACGCAUGACGCAUGUUUUAUAGUGACGAUUGUCUUAUCGUAAUAAAAUUAUAAAUAUCGAUCGUAUAUUCUCGUAUAGCAGGUGGUUUUAAAGUGUUUUCCGACUCGUGGACUCUAUAAUAUUAUUAACCCUGACUAUUCGAGCAUAUGAACUCGAUCGGUUAUUGGACGGAUUUUUCUCCAAUGAUGAAAUACAACUUUGUCGACAUUGUCCAUUUUCCUCUAAAAAUGUCUACGGAUCAAAAUUAUGUUUAUUUUCCUCAAAUAAUUAAGACCAAUUUAAACCUGGUUACACGCACUAUAUCACGAUCGGAUGUCGAUCUUGUUUUAUUAUUAAACUCAUGUUAAUAUGAAAUGUAUUAAUAAUGUAUAAUAUUAAUAUUAAAUGAAUUCGUUGUGGUUUUUAAUUAUUUUGAUUUUUAUUGGCAAUAAACAUUGAACGAAAAUUUAGUAAAAGAUUAAGGAUAAAACGAGUCCUUAUUUAUCAACGAAUAUAUAGGCUGUCAGAUGAAGAAUUUCGUAAACAUUUCCGUAUAUCCAAACAUAUUUUUGAACAAAUUUUGCACGAAUUAACACCUCAUUUAACUGACAUGCAUAGUAGAGGCUAUAUUUAUCUUGAAAAAGGUACCUAUUUAUUGUAUUAAAGAUACAAUUAUUGAUAUUUAAAUGAAUAUUGAGAUAGAUGCCCAGUUUAGGCAUCGAGUAACGUUGUUUGGAAGAUUUGUUUCAGUUCUUAAUCUAUAAAUGUGUCGAAUUGUCAGCAUUCUAUUCAAUUUAACUAUCGGUUUUGAUAUUAUUGGUAGUACAUAUAGGACAGAAACUGCAUACAAGCUAAUAUAUUAUUAUCUCGUAAAAAUUACCUAUUAUUAUAAUAUUUUGCCCGUGUAUUUUAUUCUCAUAGUGUGAUUUUUGUCUUCUGUGUACCUACAAUAAAUAUUCAUUUAUUAAUUCGGCAAUUUGCUCGCGUUAUUCUUUAUAUAGAUUUCUGGCGAACUUGGUGGCCGUAUUCGGCGAGUAUGACAUCAGCGGCGAGGUGGAAUCCAAACGAAGCAUCAGUAAAAACGUGAAACGCGUCAUCGUGCACCGACAAUACGACGCAGCCACGUUCGAAAACGACAUAGCCCUGUUAGAGCUAGAGUCACCCGUCAGUUACGAUCUGCAUAUUGUUCCCAUAUGUAUGCCGGACGACGAUGACGACUUUACCGGACGCAUGGCCGUGGUCACCGGUUGGGGACGGUUAAAAUACGGUGAGCAUUAAGUAACUCAUGAAACUUCGUUAAGUCGGCGAUUUUUUUCUAAUUUUUUCCAGAAAAUAGUGACUACAUAGCUUUAUGUAAUUAUACAAGUAGGAUAAGAUAUUUUAAAUUUUAUCUUGUACACGUCUUUUAUUGUCUCCCUCUAGAUCAAAGUUAUCUCAAACUCAUGCAUUUGAGUUAUUUUGUAGGCUGAUUGAAGUGAUAAAAGUCGAGUUGAAUUUCAAUAAUAUACAUUUAAUUAUGGUUUUAUUGGAGGAUGAUAUUUAAUUUUAGCUUUCAACACUUCUAAAGACCCCGUAAAUGCAUAAGUAUUGCGAAUGUUUUGCUCCUUUAAAUAAUCACCCCUCAAUAUUAGUUCACCUGAUUCAUGUUUUUAAAAUUAAUACGUAUUUUAAAAUCGUUUAAUAAAUAAAUCGUUAAGUAUAUAAUAUUUUAACUAAAUGAUACUUGUACCAUACGCCCAAUAUUUAAGGAACUGUGUAUAGAUAAUUUAACAAACAUUUAAAAGAAUAAAAUGAAGGACACAUGGGAACCAGCGUGGCAGUAUAUUUUUACCCCAAUAAAUUUUAUCCCCCCGCCCACGGUGAAAAUAUCAUGAGAUAUACUUACCCCCGGUAAAAAUAUAAUGAUAUAUAUUUAACUUCGGUAAACAUAUCAUGUGAUUAAUUCCCCUCCCCCAAAUAAAUUUAUAUAUAUCCCAUAGUAUUUUUACGUACACGAUUAAAAGCUAUUUUUACUUCCCAGUAAAGAUUUACUAUUAUUUAUUAUUAAAUUUGCUGAUAAAAUACAUGUAUUUUCACCAAUUUACAGUAAAUUGCAUACAAAUUAUAAAAUAUUGGUAACACAUUAGUAUGAAGACGAAGUCGAAAUGUAAAAAAAAAAAAAACAUUAAAUUCCUAUUUAAUACCUAUUGCGUACAUAAUGGUGUUUUUACUUAUAUAAAUAAUCAGUGCUAUAGUCGUACUAGUAGCAGAAGUAUUACUCUAAACAUCGGUUUUUUUUUUGUAUCUUAAUAAUGUGACACAUGAAGCGGCUAAUUGUAUUAUUUUACAGUUGUUAUUAUUUUUUUCUUUCAACAGGCGGAGGAGUACCCAGUGUUUUACAAGAAGUACAAGUUCCUAUAAUCGAAAACCAAGUGUGUCAGGACAUGUUCGAGACAGCUGGUCACACAAAAACCAUACUCAAUAGUUUCUUGUGUGCCGGUUACGCCAAUGGUCAGAGAGAUUCUUGCGAGGUACUUGUACUUAUGUUUGCUAGUAUAAAAAAAAAGCUGAUACUGCUGAUGGGUGUGACCCUGUUAAUAAUUUAAUUUAUAUCUGUAAGCAACGAUAAACUAUUGCUAACGAAAAACAAUUCUAAGCGAAAUUUGCUUAUACAUGAUUUGCAAGGUCGUAAUAUUUAUGAUUUCAUCCAAAUUUGAUGUUAAAAUCAUAAUAUAAAAUAAAUAUAUUACAUUAUAGUCUAAUUAGGAUAGGUUAGUUAAUCUAGUUAUUUUUUUUUUACCACUAUGUAAAAUUUAUAAUGAACAUUCUGUUAAAUUUUCAAGCAUUUCUGUCUGAUCAAAUAAUUUUAUUUACAUAUUACCUACCAAAUAAAAACUACGUAAAAACUAGCCAACAUAAAAUGCCUAUAAAUAGCUCAAAAAUCCCCGAAAUAUUUUGAAAAUUUGAUGACGUCUGGAAAAGGCGAAUAUAAAUUUUCUGUCAUAAUUUCAAUUGAAUAACAACAAAAAUUAAAUUUGGAAAUAAUGAAACCAUUGUUAUCGUAAACUCUUCUGUUCUUUCUUUGUUUUUUUUUCUGUUUGCUCAAUUAUUAAGAUAAAUAUAUGGAAAAUCAAAUAACAACUUACUUAUUCACCAAUUAGAUCCAAUAUUUUUGAAGAAAGACUUUUUUUAAAACAAAAUUUGUUUUUAGUAAGAAAGAAAAGUUUUUGGUGAAGGAUUUCUAUUAGGUUAAAUUAAGUUAGAUUUAGAAAAAAAUCUUCUCAUUUUUUGGGGAUUAAUUUUCAUUGUUCAUUUUUAACUAAGUACGUUAUUAAUAGAUGCUUAAUUGUAUCUAAAAACCAUACAUUUAUGAGUGUCUUACUCUUCCUCUCGUCUUAGCUUAUAUACUGUAUGUUAUAUCUUGUUAUAAACGUAUUCCUUAUUUUGUCCUAUCUAGCUACCAGUAUAUAGUAGGUAAAAUAUAAUUUACAUACACCCACCCACCUAUUCACUAAAAAAUCAACGAUUAACUGUUUUAAAUAUUAUAAUACAUUAAAACAUUAAAAUAUCUAAACAUUUAUUUUAAACUAUACUGUGCACCCUUCAAAAGUCAUGUAGAAUUUACCCUAGUAAGUUCCUGAUAUCGGUGCCACUAAAUGACUCCAUUCCAUUUAAAUCAAAUAAAAAUACGGAGAUGAAAUAUCAGUUUAUCAGUAAAGAUGCUAUAAUCACUUGUAGUUUUCAUAUACUUAAACGUACAUUUUAUGUGAUAUUAUAUGAUGUCCCUGAACGGAUCUUUACAUUAUCUACAAGCACUGCUCAUCCAUCUCAUCGUUUUUUUUUUUUUUUUUUUUUUUUUUAAUAUGUCGACCAUUUUAGUUAAAUAAUGCUUAAUAUAUCGUUAAUGCAUUACUUUGAAAGUUCCUUUUAAAAAGAAAUUAGAUCACGUUCAUAUUCAUAUUGUUAAAAUGAAACUAAUUCCAGACUCGUUCCAAGAUUAAAAAAAGUAAUUCUGUCCUCUAUUUUACUUGUUCUAAAUAAAAGAAAAUGUUCGUAAUUAAAACUAUAACCAUUUAUAUGAUACAGAAAUAUAUUUUUUUUAUUAAAAUAUUUUAAUAUAUUAACAACUCUAUAAACACCUAAUCUGCAUGAUAUCCUUCGCAAGGAACAAUAGGACAAACUUAUAUAAAUGUAUUAAAAAUAAAAAAAUAAAACAUUUUAAAUUUAUAAGAUUAUUAAAAUUAUUUAAAUUAGUUAGUUAUGUCUAAGAAAAAAAUCCUGCAAAUAUUAUAAAAUAAUUUAUAUUCCAAUACGUUUCUUCAUAGAUCCAUUUCCGAUAAAUUCCUGAAAAGUGAACGAAAUCAAAUUAACGCGUUCCUUUGAAUCCGUUCCUUCCAAGCAUUAAUUGGCACAACAAUAAUGUAUUGGAUAACAUUUUGAAAGCGUUUGCGGUCUUUUCGCAGGGCGACAGCGGCGGACCGUUGAUGAUCGAAAAGGACAACGGCCGUUGGACUCUGGUCGGAACCGUGUCGCACGGCAUCAAGUGUGCCGCCCCGUAUUUGCCCGGGGUGUACAUGAGAACCACUUAUUACAAACCAUGGCUGCAGACCAUCACCGGCGUACAAUAAUCGUCCACACGAAUUUCAGCCUCUGCGUGUACGACGAUAAAAUUAACGAAAUCAAUUAUUAAUGCCGUCAUUACCUAAUCGAGUAUUAUAAAUUGUAGUUUGUAUAGCGGUCGUAAUAUUGUAUGAUUAUUAUGGAUUAUUAUACACCUACCUAAAACUCGGUCCUAUUGGUUAGAGCUUCUUCCCAACGAGGCGUGCAAACAAAUAGAAAAUAAAACGGCAUCUCUCAUCGUUUUUCGGCUCCAGAAAUGCUUACUUAUGUAGCGGUGAGAUUUUCAAGCUCAUUAAGCCUACGUGGCAAGAUUUCGAACUAUAAAAAUAGAAUCAAUUUUUUUUUUAUAACUCCUAAGUUUCCGAUCCACGCGAAUCGUGCAGAUUUUCAAUGCACCUGUACACUGGGUACAUUAUAUUACCUACUAUAAUAAUUAAAAUAUUAGGCAUUUUUAUAUUAUUUAUAUUUUUUUAUUAUUUUUCUAUUAUUAUUGUUAUAAAUGAGCACGAAUUAUAAUUAUUAUUUUUUAGCUAUCCGUUAAUUUAUUUAUAUUUCCGCCCACCUAUAAAUGUGUCGAAAAAAGUGAAAAAAAAAAAAGACAUAAUCAGAAUAUUUUAUUAUACAAUAUUUCGCCAUAAUUUUUUAUUUUUUUUUUUGUAAAUUAUUAUUUAUUUAUUUAUUUGUACGUGUAUGAGUGUUUGACGAAUGUAAAAUAUAUUUAUUUUUUUUUACUUUUAUACAACCUUAAAUGAAAUAGAAAACUAUUCGUUUGUAUUUUUUUUUCAUUCUACUAUUAAAUAUUAUUAUUUAUUAUAUGGUUUUUGUACAUUACUCUUAUUGAUUAUUUUUUACAAUUUUUUUUUCUCUACUACCUAUUAUAUUAUUAUUACAAUAUACCUACUAUACAAUAUAUUGUACGCGUUAUUAUUUUUUAAAUAUGUAUUAUUUGUUGUUAAAACACGUAUAGUAUUGUAUUAAUGUGUUACUAUAUAUUAUAUAUAUACCUAAAAUUGUAUAUAAAGGCGUAAUACGUGUGUGUGUGUGUUUGUGUGUGUGUGUGUGUGUGUUUUCGUAAUUUGUUAAAUAUUAACGAAAUAAUACAUACUCAACGGUAUUCUUCAUAUUAUAUUUUUAUUGACGUAUAUAGUUUAAUUUCUGUUUUUUUUCCUACACCACGACCGUUUAAAUGUACUCGCG